AUGUCGACACCAAUUCCCCGUCCGCCUGGAGUCCCCCUGCUGGGCAACGUCUUUGAUGUCGAUUCAAACAACACAUGGUGGUCCCUGAAGAAGUUGGCAGAAAAAUAUGGAGAGAUUUUUGAGAUCAAGGUGCUGGGGCACCACAUUGUCUUCGUCGCCAGCGCAGCUCUGGCCCAGGAACUCUGCGACGAGAAGCGAUUCCACAAGGCCGUGACUGGUCCCAUCGUCGAGAUCCGUUAUUCCGUCAACAGCUCUCUCUUUACUGCCUACCACCACGAGGAAUGCUGGGGAAUCGCUCACCGGAUAAUUGCGCCCAAACUUUCUCAGGAGUCAGUAGCUGAGCUUUUCGAUCACUUUGUCACAACGACAGAAGAACUCGUAGCAAAAUGGACUUCCGUCGACCCAGACACUCCUAUCCAGCCGUUAAGAGACCUUAACAGACUGAGCUUCGAAGCAACCGUCUUGUCCUUAUAUGGCAUGAAGGUGAAUAACAUCAACGGCCCUGAGCAUCCCGUGAUCCAAGCCAUGGAGGACGCGACAUCCGAAGCGAUGAAGCGGCCAACAAGACCCAAGCUCCUCAACUGGCUGGUGUAUGGCAGGAAGUUCAAAAAAGCCACCAAAGUGAUGCGCGACUUUGCCGCAGAAGUGGUCAAGCAUCGCCGAGAGCAUCCUUGUGACCGGCACGAUCUCCUCUGGGCGCUCAUGAAUGGCAAGGAUCCCGAAACAGGCAAGGGCCUCACAGACAAUGAGAUCAUAGACGAGAUCGUCACCAUGCCCAUUGGGAGCAGCACAGCUCCCUGCGCUAUUGCAGCGUGCAUCUACUACCUCAUCCAUAACCCUGCGGUUGUGGCUAAGGCAAGGGAAGAGAUUGACACAGUCCUUAGUGACGAACCUUUUCAGCAUGACCAUCUCCCCCAGCUUCACUACAUCAUGGGCGUGGUCAGAGAGACUCUACGUCUGUCGUGCGCCGCUCCAGGGUUCAACAUCGAGCCCAUUCCUAAAGAAGGGGACAAGUCACCUGUCCUGUUGGCCGGGGGCAAAUACUCAGUACCUCACAACCAGACUAUGAUUAUCGUCCUGGCGGGAGUAAACCGCGACCCAGCCGUGUUCGAGGACCCUGAGGCCUUCAAGCCAGAACGUAUGAUGUGCGAGAGUUUCGCCGCCAUGCCGGAGGGCGUGAAGAAGUUUUUUGGCAAUGGAAUGCGCGAGUGCAUUGGGAAGAACUGGGCGUGGGACUGGCUGAUGGUUGUCACGACGCUACUCAUCCGCUCGUUCGACUUUGAGGCGGCGGAUAAGAACUACGAAUUUAUGCAGGAUGGAUGGUUCAACAUUCGCCCGAUCGACUUUUAUAUCAGGGUGAAGCCACGGCAGAAGGAGGUUGAUCUAAAGAACUGA